AUGAACUUAAAGAUGUUACCAUUUGGGUUUCUAAUACUGCUCUCUCUUAGUUUACAGUCAUGUUUAGCUUCUGAUAUAGUUUUAACAGUAAACAAUUCAUCUAAUAGUGAUGUUUUUGCAGAAUCAGGUGACAAAAUAAUUAAGAACGAUUCUUUGGCACUUGGUGGUCAAUACUAUAUAGGUGGACUAAAUAGAAUAUCAGAGUACAGGGCCAAGAAGAACAUUAAUGAUGCUUAUAAUAAUUUCUACGAUGAAGAUUUUGUCAAAUCAAUCAAGGAUUCAAACAAGUACAGUUUUAUUCGCCUAAAAAACGACAUUCAAGUUUUCCUCGUAUCACAAAGAUCUAGCUCAUUUUCUUCAAUCACUUUAGGAGUUAGAGUAGGUAGUUCCAUGGAACCUAAAAAACUCCCAGGUUUGGCAACUUUGUUAAGUGAACUAUUAUUUUAUGAAUGGAAGAGGCCUGUGGUUGGUCAGACAACACCAUACGAUCUUUUUAUUUCCAGUAACUCCGGAGUUUUUAAAACAAAAGUGGCUCCAUUUUUGACCGAAUACUAUUUGUCUGUUAAGCAAGAGUAUUUUUCCGAAGCUCUAAUUAAGUUUGGAUCAUAUUUGAAGGGCUUCAACCCGAAAAGAAUUUAUCUGGAACCAGCAAUGGAAACACUUCAGUCAGAGUUUGAGUCAUUAGCGGGUUUUAGCUCAAUUAGGCUAAAACAGAUUCUUAAAGAACUUUCUGCGGAGGGGCACGUUAACCAUGGGUUUCAUUUGGGUAAUAUGAGGGAGUUAUUGGAAGGUACGGAUUUUGACGAAGAAGCACUUCUUUUCGAGUUGAUUAGGUUUUAUAGUUCUUACUACAGUUCGAACCUGAUGACAAUUUCCAUUGUUUCUGACAAAAGUAUAGAUGAACUUGAAAGUCUCGCGAGAACAUUUUUUGAUGAGAUUCCAAAUCUAAACAAGCAACUAAUUACUCCAUUUGACCUAUCACAUGAAAUAACUCAUCCUUACAUUGAUUUAAGGUACAAAGUAAUCCAGGUAAAAUCAGCUGAAGAAAGUCCAUAUUUCACGAUUAUCUUCCCCAUUCCACACCAAAGUCCGCUUUGGAAGUACAAACCAGCCAAUUAUAUUUCAUUUUUCUUCACAGAUUACUCUGAACAGUCUUUAUACAGUUAUUUCAAAAAGAUUGGAGUUAUCUCUGGUUUGGAAACCAUGGUUGAGAUAAAUGAUAAUGGGUUUUCAAACUUUGUUAUCAGAUUUAACUUAAACUCUAAAGGUGAGAAGGCUAUUGUUAAGAUUCUAGAGAUUACAUUAUCUUUCCUAAAGCUAAUUAAGGAAGUUUCAAUUUCAGAAACUAUAAUAAAUCAAAUUAGAAAGAAAAGACAGACAAUCUUGGAGGCUUCAACUGAUGCUCUUUAUCCGGAACUUUCUAGAAAAAUUGUUAACGUGUUUUUGAGAACAAACUGUUCACCUACGGAAGUUUUAUAUGCAGGAGUAUCAAUGAAUAGGAUUGACUUCAAUCAUGUUAAAGAGGUAAUUGAUUACUUGAAGUAUGAUAAUAUGAUAUUAAUUCUUGAAAAGAAAGCCUUCAAAAAAAGUGCUUCUAACAUUCUCCUUUCUAGCCAAUUCUUCUCGGAUAGCAAAUGGAAAACUGCUGGAAAGUCCAUAUCUUCUUUUUUCAGAAGCAUAAAUACAGCUUUCCGUAGAACUAAAUUAGGAGUUUUCCCAAAAUUCUUGAGGGAGGAGCAUCUCGGAGGUGAGUAUUUGCUCGAGGAUAUUCCCGAUAAAGUUAUUGGGGUACUUCAGUCUGUUAAUUCGACCUUGGCAAAUGACAUCCUGAAAAUACAGAUGCCUGGUAUUGACCCCAAGUUCCCAAGAAAUUUCAUAAUUUAUACAGAAGACGUUCCGAAAAAAGAAUUCCCUGUCUCUCUUUAUUAUGCAAUUAAAGAAUUCAAACAGGCUAAAAACUUUACUGAGAUAAGUUUAUCAGAAGCCUCAGAUAAUUCUACAGACUUUUCACAUUUACAUUUGUCAAAUCCAAUAAAUCCAAGAGAUUUGGUAAUUGCUUUAAGUACAACAAAAAUGAGUUCUAUUUCAAGAAGUUUUUGUUACCUUCCAACAUCAUUCAACCCCGACGUAAUGAUAUCUGUAAAACUACAAGUACCGAAAAACCCUCCAAAGGAAUUCAGCUACCCAGAAAAACUAGCAAUACUAAUGUUUUUGUUCCAAAAUACCUUAUACGAUGUUCUACCAAGCAACUUAAAUGAAAAUUUCUUUUUUGAGAGAAACUACCAUCUUUGGGAAUUACAAGAGUUCUUUUAUGGUCUGGAAUUCAGUUGGAGAGGCUUUUCUUCUAUUUUCCCAGAUAGCUUAAAUGAAAUUGCAAACAUUCUUUCCACAUUUGGAAAUUCAAUUAAGCAAGCGAGUUUCCAGAAUGCAAAAAAACGCUUCCAAGACAUUAUUGAUUCGUUCAAGUCUGAGAAUGAUAACCUAAAACUUCUUUCCCUCUCUUACCAGUUGCUUGAUCCAGGGUUUAUGAAAAUUGGCAGACUUGAAAAUGAACUCUACAAAAUUACAAUGCAGAACCUGAUUGAUUUCGUUAACUUCUUUCUCAAUAGCUUUUCAAUUUCAGGAUCCAUAUUUGGAAAUGCGACCCCUGUACAAAUCAAAUAUUACUUAUCCUCUUUCGUGAAUACAGUUCGUAAAGUGGACAAUUUAUCUGAACUCGAAGAUCAAUCUAAUGCUAAGAUAAUUAAUGUAGACGAAAAAGUAGAUCUAGGUGGCCCCAAAUUUUUUGAUGUUCUUGAAUCUGAGGAAUUUGGCUUUGAAGUGAGAGAAAGAAUGCUUAGGUCUAAAGACAAAAAAACAACAGUGUCUAAAGAUUCUAAAAAUAACAAUAAUCAAAGUAACAAACCCGAUGAAGUUGUUGAUACAAACCAAUACAAGCUGAUUAAUGUUGAGAAUCUUGGUUACACAAGAAGUUCAUUUUAUGAUAUGAAUAGGCUGCCAUAUAACUAUAGUAACUCUUACUUCUUUUUUACAAAUUCCGAUAAAGAUAGCAAGAAUAACAUUGUUUUCCUUCAGAUACAUUAUGGUUUUUAUAGUGAACAGAGUUUGGCAUUUCUACAAAUAGUAUCAGAGCUCAAUUCCUACAAGUAUUUCAUAGAAUUCUCGGAAAACAGAUGUACAGAUUGCUCUCUGAAAAUACUUCCAAGAAUAAUACUCGGCAAAUAUUUAGUUCUUGAAUUCAAGCUCCAGUCUACAUCCAAAAACAUUAAGGAACUUGGAGAGCUUCUUAACAACUUCUUCCAGACAUAUUAUUCUAGGCCAUCGAAGAUGGUUUCAAAAUCGGAAGUCCAAAAGGCAAAAGAAUUUUUAUUAUUGCUUGCCAGAAACGCAAGAUUAGCAGAAAACAAUGGCAAUUUAAUGACACCAAAAUCCAACAAAGUUUAUUACGAAGGUUCUGAUUCAGAGGAUUUAUUUACGCUAUCAUCUUUUUAUAUGGGAUUUUCCAAGCACACUCAUCUUUUGUGCUCAUGGAAAAAAGAUUAUAUUGAAUUCAUUGAUACCUUAACGUUUGACCAAUUUUUCAAAUAUUGGCAGUAUUUUAGCAACUCUUCAAGACUUUUCAUUUCAUAUCAAUCUCAUAGCACAAACUAUGAGCUAUUUGAGUCACUUGAAUCAUAUUUGCCUCAAGGGUUCACUAGACUCUCAUUUGUAGAAAGCCUUUAUGACAUAAAUGAACAACAAACUAUAUAUAACAUCUAG